UCGCUGUUACUCACAAAUGUAUUAAAAAAAACAUGUUUGUGUCUGCAGAUGAGUCUGAGGAGGCAGACGAGUCUGAAGAGGCAGACGAGCCUGAGGAGGCAGACGAGCCUGAGGAGGAAGACGAGCCUGAGGAGGCAGAUGAGCCUGAAGAGGCAGACGAGCCUGAGGAGGCAGAUGAGCCUGAAGAGGCAGACGAGUCUGAGGAGGCAGACGAGUCUGAGGCCGACGAGUCUGAGGCCGACGAGUCUGAGGCCGACGAUGAAGAACUGGAUGACAUCAAGGCAGGAGGAUGGCUAUCGUAUUUCCGCCUCGGCAAAGCCGACAACAUACCUGCAAGAGUUAAAAAAGCUCCAUUGUACUCAUCGGACGAGAGUUCAACAUACGAAGAGGAGAUUCAAGAGGCAGCCGAAAACCCUGAGGGUCACUUAGCGUCCACCAAUGGCGAGUAUGGGGCCAACAAUGAAGAACGGAAUGACAUCAAGGCAGGAGGAUGGCUAUCGUAUUUCCGCCCCCGCAAAGCCGACAACGAACCUGCAAGAGUUAUAGAAGCUCCAUUGUACUCAUCGGACGAGAGUUCAUCAUACGAAGAAAGCGAAAACUCUGAUGAUGAUUCAGCGUCCACCACAGAAGAGACUGAUGACAAUACAUCCGACGAAGAAAGCGAUUACUCUGAUGAUGAUUCAGCGUCCACCUCAGCAGACAAUGGAAGCUCCAGCGACUCUGUGGUGGUCGUUGGCAUGAGAGCUGUCAAGAGGAAAGCCACCGCUGCUGAGGACGGACUGAUGAGGAAGAAGAGGCGGGUCAUCAUCCCUCGAGACAGCGUGGAGACAACCAAACAAAGAAGGUGCAUCGGCAUGAGAGCUGUCAAGAGAAAGAUCACCGCUGCUGAGGACGAACCGAUGGGCAAGAAGAGGCGGGUCAUUGGGUACAGUGAGGAGGAGAACAAACAAAACUUUAAGGACUUCCUCCAGAUUUGCCUGAAAUUCAACCCUUUCACAGGCCCAACGCUGGAGCAGCUCAAGAAUCACCCAUGGCUUAGAUGAUCGGAAAAGACUGCAAACCUAU